AUGUUUCUUUUUUUGACUCUCCUUUGUUUAGCUUCUGGAAAAAGUGAAAGAGGAGAAACUCAAGAUGAAGAAGAAUCUUCAACGAUUCAGCAUAAAACAAAUUUAUAUCCGAUUGUUGAAGCACUUAAUGAUACUGAAUUAAGAGAAAGUAUUAAACGAAUUCAAUUGAUUGUUAUUGCUUCACUUAAUGAUAAACAAGCAAAUUUAGAUGGUAAGUCUUACGAGGGAACCUCUCGAGGUGAUUAA